GGGCAGUGAGGAUGCGAAAAGAAUUGGGGCUGGUAAGAUGUUGGAUCCCAAUAACAAGGAAAUAUGGAACGGAUGGGACCCCCCACCUGGCGCAGAGGAGACUUGGAAAGAAUGGCUUCUAGAGUAUAAGCUGCAUGCAAGGGACAACGCCGGAUAUUUGACUGAGGAACAGAUAAAAAAUGGCACUUUGCCUGCUGGACAUGACAUACCUGACUGGCCGCGUGAAUGGAAAGAUUUAGCGGCAGGCUACGGCGGCAUACCUCCACCGCCUUGGGCAUAUGUUCCCAAGAAUUUAGGCAAGCCGCCGCAAUGUUACGAACCGCCACUUUUAGGAGAUUGUGACGAGAGUAUGUCGAGGUUCGCAUACAACCCAUACGUUGAUGAGUGCAAGGAGUUUCAGUACAGCGGCUGCGGCGGCAACAAGAACAACUUCCUGACAAUGGAGGGAUGCGAGAAGGUCUGCAUCAAUCCUGUCAUGGGCUGUGAUCCUGAUUCUGACAUACCUGUACCUAAAUAAACUCUGCCAAAUAUACUUAUAUAAAUUCUGUAUAAGUCUCAACAGAGUUCGGGAUACCAA